AUGUCGGCUGGGGCGGGAUGGGCCCACGGACGGUCCACCCGCUCCCUACGCUCCCUCCUUGAGCGUGCCAUCUGGUUCGCCAAGGCCGCGGCUGCCAUCCACGUCUUCCGCAACUACGUCGCGGAGUUCACAGUGCCCAUCGGACUCAGCAUGAGCCCCACCUUCAACACCCAUGGCGACGUGGCUCUGCUGGAGCGCGUCUCGGUGGCCACACGCAGCAUCAAGGUGGGGGACGUGGUGGUGGCGCGCAGCGUGCAAAAUGUGCGGCACAUCGUCAUCAAGCGAGUGCUGGGCCUGGAGGGCGAUGUAGUCCCCCUGCCGGGGUCGACCACGGGGCGCAGGGUGGCGGUGGUGCCCAAGGGCCAUGUCUGGCUCCAGGGUGACAACUUCCACAACAGCACAGACUCGCGCACGUAUGGCCCUGUGCCAUAUGCCCUGCUACAGGGCAGGGUUUUCCUGAAGGCAAGCUGGGGGGUGGAGGUACAUGCUGACCCAGACUGGGAGGGUGUCCUUGAGGCUGUGGGCCUGGUCGGUUCUUGCAUCCGGCGAUCUGGUGGUCAAGCAAAGGUUUCAGUCAUUGCUGCCGGCGUCUGCUCCAGUAGUAUCUCAACACCCAGCUCCUGA